UGUCAACUGAAUGAUCUGAGGGUCUUCCAAGAUGUCAUUGAAAUGGAUAUCAAGUUGUAUUCUUGCAACAUGGUUGUUGACCACAGUUGGAGCGAUUACCGUGUCCAUAGACCGUUCUGAUAUUAAAACUUCACCAACACGAUCGUCGAUGAUCGCAAACGGAUGGAGACCACUAGCAAAUGGAUACGAAGAUGCGAUCAAUACGAAUACAAAGUCGACCAAUCAUCCGGAGAGAAACGUGCAGCCUCAUCCUGUAUUAAAUAAAUUUCAAGAGCACAUGAUCAAGUCGGAAAAACUGAAAUCCCAAAGGAACAAGAAUAAGCAGAACCCCUCGUCCAAUCAAGAUUAUAGUCCACCUACUAUACUUGGAAGUUUCACAGUUUUUGGUAAUGCUGCGGCCAAGGCACGUGGAGAAGGGCAAAAAGUUUCUCAACAAGGUCAUGGAAAUAAUAAAUACGUCGCUUCGGAAACCAGAGAUUAUACAUUUUUAAUACCACCACCGAAGGACGUCUAUCGAUUUGAACAUCCCGAGCCACCGCGCAAAGUUGUUAGAGACAAUAGUUAUUCGAUCGUAAACGAUUUCUUAAGGCAACCAGCAUACGUACCGCCCCAGGUACAUCAAAUAAUACCAGAUGCAGUAAGAGCAGCUACUUAUUUUAUCAAAGGAUACACGUCGACGACUAAUCCAGCCCCAUCGACGCCACCGAAAAAUAAUAGACCACCGACGUCCUACUUCAAUGGUUAUUCCAACGGUGUUCCUCAACUACUUCAACCUCCAAGACAACAAGCUAAACCAUUCGAAUCAUUAAAAAUAAUCGGCAAUGCCAAACCGUAUCUUCAACCACCCGGUACCGAACCUGGCGAAGAUUUUGGUAAGGACGACGGGAUCGUUGAACAAAAACGUCAUCCCAGUUACGAGAGAUAUCAACCUCAAAUACACGCGUCCAACGGUAACUUUUACGCUCAAGUGAAUCAUCCAACAAAUCAUUACAAAACUUCCUACGAGAGAAAUCCGGCUUAUCUUGUUCACGAAAGUCACGAAGUUAGCUACGUGACACCUUCCUCUAUAUAUAACGAGUACAAUUUCAGACCUUCCGUGUCUUAUGACACAUUAUUACCGUCCGAAGUUUAUUCCACUUCUAUGAUUGAUAUGUCGUCUACUACUGCAGCACCGCAAAUUCAUAAUCAGUCUUUGAAAUACGUUCAUUCGAACGACGUCAUUCGCGAGGAAAAUUAUUAUAAAAAUCCUCAUAUCGUUAGUAGUACCGUCAAACAGAACGAUAAUCAUGGUAAUAUUUUAUCGACCUCAGUUAUACCUAAUACUUAUUACGUGUCCGAGCAACAAGAUUUAACUCCACCGCCGGCCUCUUGGCCAUUAUCAAAAAAUAAAUACCCUUCGGAUAUAAACGAGGUAUUGCCGAGGGUUAAUCCACCGAAUAAAUUCGCUCCCGAUGUUAUACAACCCAGUCAGCUUCCACUACUACCAAGUAUGGUUUAUGUUAAUCCUCAAGUACAUCAAUAUCAAAGCUCUAUUGUACCUAGCCAACAGCAUGAUUAUGAAACGCCAGAGAGUAUAUCUUUAAAACAUUUCAAUGAGCAACAGUUUAUUAUUCAACAACAGCUUGUACAUCGUGACAGAGAACGUCUCGCUGAACAAGAACAUCAGCAACAGAUGGAAAUUAAACGACAACAGCAGGAAGAAUUAAAAAAACAUCAAGAGGAAUUAGAGAAAUUAAUUAAACAAGACAAAGAGGAAGAGAAUAAUUCCUCGGUCGAGAGGAAUAUUACUGAUCAUAUUGAAUUCGCGAAAAUCAAUAACAGCGAAAGGCCAUAUACAACUGAACUCCCCCAAUACGAAAUCCCUAUGGUAAUUUCGCAAUCGCCUAUUAUCUAUAACGAACAAAAUACAUUCAAAGAGCGCACCAAGUCUCAUGGGUCGCAGAUUCAACAACCAAAGGUAGGUUCGCUAUUGAAAACGAGCUUUGAAAAUCAGAAAUAUCAAACACAAUUCAAUCAAGAACAACAAACGAAUUACAAUAAAGAAUCGAGUAAUUAUCAAAAGGUAUUGAAUAACCAACAGCAGGAGUACGUUAAUUAUCAAGAACCUGAAUUACAAUCUCACAGACAACAAAAACCAUCGCGCGAUCAAUACAGAAGGAAGAAGCCUGGUGUUGCAAAUACGAGCGAGAGAGGUCAUGAAAAUAUAAUUACGACUGAUAUACCGAUUCACUCACCGGAAACAUUGAUUCCCAGUACUUUCUCGCUUGAAGAAAUAUCUAUACAUACGACCGUUUCACCGGAACCUACAACUUUCCCAAACUCCCAAAGUAUAACUCAAAGAUCGAGAACUCGUAAACCAGGAUUAUCAAGUCAAAGAAGAAGACGUCCUUCUACAACCACACCAGAACCUAUUACUCUAAUCAAAGGUGAAUACUAUGAAAAGUACGAGGAUAUACAAGAGGAACAGCUUGAUCCCAUUAAGCGUAGACGUAUUAAGCCAACAUAUGAAACGUAUCAGGAAACGUAUUUCGAAAGACGACCAAAUAUAAGGAAACGUCCCGGUAAUCGAAUUAGGGUUAAUCACGGAGAACCCUAUGAAGCUGAAAUCGUUACCGAGAUUAUCCAGACUCCUGUGAAUGCCUAUAAGGGUAAUAGUGAACAUCGUGAGAAAUACCUCGAAGAUAAUAAACAUAUGUCAAACUUAUCUAACAAUCAAUAUUUCGACUAUACAUCCGUUGGAUCUCAAUAUACGGACGAUGAUCGCCGAAAUUAUACUACUGAAAUUAUUCAAUCGGAAUACUCAACCGAAUUAACCAAAAUUGAUAACUUCGAGGAAUCUCAAGAUAUUAUUCUCGAUCAUAAUCAUCGAAUGAAGACGAACAUCGGUACGAAUAUUCCUCUCGAAGAUUUGUUCGUUAAAACGGAUGGAUAUUACUUCGAGAAAGAUAUAACUACAUUGCCUACAGCAACUACAGGUAUUAAAACAACUACAACUGCUCCCACCACCACCGCCGCCGUUACCACCUCCACCACCAGGAGGAGCACCAAUACCAUGACUAAUACGCCUCCGACUACUACGCCGAUACCGCCACCAUCGCCACCAUCGCCACCGUCACCUCCCCCAACCUCAUCUUCGUCACUAUCUACGACAACCUCGAUCGUUAAACUUGUUACGCAAGCAUCCCAUGUUUCUCCGGCUCCGUCAAGACUUAGAGUACGACCAAUGCGAUUUGGUAAUACAACUAGACCAAGAUUCAGUAUCAAAGAUUAUCACAGUCGAAUAGAUUAUAAAAAUAAAUUUUCCACCACUACGGAAUCUAUUCAGACAGUUCAAUCUAAACCAAAAUUAUUCACUUUCAAGCCUCAACAAAUCGACGAGCACGUGGGAAACAGGGAAACAACUGGUAGAUAUAAAUAUAUGUCUAAAACAAGUCAAAGAACUGCCACUGUUACAUCGGCUAACGAACCAGAAAAUAAAGUUGAGAUCGAACAUAAUCCAUCAUCUUCUACCACGUCCACGGAACGAUCUAUCAAUAGAUUCGUCCCUAAGAGAAGACCAUCGAGUGGUAAUUUUUAUCGUAGUAAAAUAUCUGUUACUGCGGGUAAUCGAUCUCAACAGCAGCAGGAACAACAACAGCAACAACAACAAGGUAAUAGUAAAAACCAUUCAAAAUAUAGUACAGUUAGAUCAGAAAAUAUUUUUUCUUCCUCAGUGAGACGCAAACCGAUUAACAAACACAGGCGUUUAGUUUACAAAGAAUUCUCUACUCUCGAUCAUCAUGCUUCUAUUAGUAAUCAUACUGAUAAUAGUAAUAAUCAAGAAGCAUUAACUGCUGAAAUAACUGCUGAAGAGACUAGUUUCUAUAUACCUGCCGCAACAACAUCAGGCGAAUCAGAAACAUCAAAUCAUUCGUUAAAAUCUAACGAAGAAAAUGUUUCGAACAGGCAGAAACUUAAUCUCAUGGAUAACCGCAAAGGUCAGAACGAUACCAUUCAAAGAAGUGGUACCAGCUAUACUCAAGAAACCGAAAAAGCUAUUCUUGACAAAGAAAAAGAAAGUCGUAACUUUGUGGAAGAACAGUUGGAGUGUACAACGUCUUUCGACGUACCUUCCGAAGAGGAAGAGUUACUUACGAAAGUAUCGCAAAGUGUAGCUGACCUCACCAGCUCGGCUUCUGCCCUUUACGAUAAGCCAGGAAUAUUCAAAACUUUCUCACCCGAGAGUAGAGUAAUAUCACCACAGUUCAAAAUCUCCACGGACGAACCCACAUUACCAAUCGAAGCUUUCUUCCAGGAACUUUCCAAGAAGAAUUGAAGGUCAUCGUUCCAAGGAGAUAUUAGGUAUAUAUUUAUGGUUAAUAUUUAAUGUAGAAUUUAUCAUUAACCCUUUCGCGAAUAAAGGCAUUCUUCAUAAAAUGUAAUUAAUGUACUACUACACGGGCGAAUAUAGCCGCUUUUCAUAAGAUAUCAUUUAAUUAUCAUUCAUAAGGUAUUAUUUCUAUUAUUAAUCAUUAAAGAUAUCACAGAUCGAGUAUUUUUAGUAGAGAGCUUAUCAAAAUGUUUUCGAAACAGUUUCUCUUUUUUCUUUUUUUUUUCUUUCCAAUAAACACAGUUAGAGUGAUUCUGGUUGCAACGAAAUGUAAAUACAGCCGUUGGCGUACACAGUUUGGUGAGGCGGCGCGUACCGUGAGAGUGCCGUCGCGAAAGGGUUGAAAACAAAGAGAGUAGAAACGUAUACGAUCGAAUUAUAUUCAUGUUCACUAGCGUCUCGCUCGAUAAUAGCCAAAUUAUAGUAGGAAUUAAUGUAACAAAAAAAACAUAAAAAAACAAAAAAAACAUAAAAAAACA